CUACACCCGACUCGUAAUGGCUAGGUUUCAAAUGACGUCACCACCACCCUUGGACCAAUCGGAUAAAUUAACUAUGGAAAAAAACUUCUCGCUGGACUUGUGUUCUUUGACCUCCUUGACACACAAGAUGGCGUAAUCGGAACCCUAUCCAUUGGAAAGCUUGAAACUAAACUGCCAGUGGUUGUUUCUGACGUGUGUCGCAGGGCACAUACAAACAAAAACCUAGUCACACUUAUGCACAAUUUAGUCUUCAAUUAACCAACCAUGUGUGUUUAUGGGAUGUGAGAGGAAACCAGAGUACCCGGAGAAAACCCACGCAAGCAAGGGGGAGGAGGAGUACAUGCACACUCCACCCAGGUGAGGCUGGAUUUGAACCCGGGAUCUCAGAAGUGUGAGGCGCGUGAACUCACCAGUCUCCCACACAGCUACAUGUACGGUAUAAGCACAAAUAGUAAUUGUAUUCAAGAUGAAAAAAACUGACAGGAGAAACUGUCACUAUUUUUCAAUUCACUAGUGUUUUCAUAAGGUCCCUAUAAAUGCUUAUUCUUUUAAAGUAUGGUACAUUUAGCAUUUUUUUUUUCAUCCCGUGUUCAUGUCUUAUUGUUAUUCUAGCAGUCUAGUUCAUGUGAUGUGUGCAUCCAUGGUAAUGUCACAGUGCCUGGAGGGGCCAAGUUUAGGAUGCACUUGGUGAAAGAUUGCGUGUUUACAGGAUUAUAAAAUUGUUCAGCUGUGUGUUUUAAUAAAUAACGACAAGUAGACACCCACAUAAGUGCCUUGUUAACAACAGCCAGGAGCCAUUUUAUUAGUGCCUUACGCAUUAAGUAGUGAAAGAAGCAGUGUAGAAAUUGCUGUUAGUGCCCUAAUAAAAUGAUGAAUAAUAAUAAUAAAAAAAAAGGCUGUCACACAAUUGACCCCUCUGUGGAUAUUGCGCAAUCCGCGUCACUGACCAAUCAGAGGCCAGAGAUCUGCAUAAACCAAAGCCCGUUUUUGCUCCCGCCAUUUUCUCUGACAACAUUGCAUGGUCCAGUAUAGGUUUAGUUAGCGUUUUAUCGCAUAUUUGGGUUAUUUAACAAAAAAUAUGGUUAAGAGGUGUAGUCACGGACUUUGUAAUAGUGACGACAGGUAUCCUGAAAGGCGAGUUGGUGGAGUUCGAUUCGUACCCUUUCCAAAACCGAAGACCCAGUACGAAAAAUGCCUUCGAUGGAUCAAACUUUGUGGAAGACCGCAUCAUCAACUAAAUCCAUCUAAUAUCAACCGGAACACAUAUGUUUGCACGGAGGUCCUCAACGUCAUCGAACACUGUGAAGGCAGCGAGCGGGAAGAGAUGCUGUGCAGGCUUUUGAACGAUCAGAUGACCUCGGACAACGUGGUGCAGUACCUGCGCCUGCUCACGUCGGCCCACCUGCAGAACCACGCAGACGACUUCCGCAACUUUGUGGAGGCGCCCAGUCUGCAGGUCUAUUGUCAUCAGGAAGUGGAAGCUAUGGGGAUGGAGUGCGACCAUGUGGACAUCCUGGCUCUGACUCAGGCACUGGACAUCUGCAUCCACAUCGUCUCAAUGGACGGUGAAGAUGAGCAGCUGGUGCACCACAUUAUCCCUGAUGGUGCCGAGCCGUCCAUGCACCUCCUCCACCACAUAUCACACUUUAGCAUUCUGGGCCCCCGACCCCCACCUUGACUCUUUC